AAUAUUUUAAUAAAGAUUUGGUUUGUUGCUUUCAAAACGUUUGCGCUUCUUCUCAAGUUACUUCUAUAAUACUGGACCCUAGCAGCGGGAAAUUUAGACAGUGUCACGUGACAACUUGCUGGGGGUAGCCUGCUGGAGCCUAGCAGCAGGUAUAAAAAAGGGGAAUUUGACAAGGCAGUCAGUCGGAAGCUGACACUCGUUGAUGCUACUUCGAAGAGGCCAGGGAAUAGAAGAAAGAAGACAUGCACCCAGCACCAGAGCUGAAGACACCUCCGAAGGGGGGGGGGGGCUGCCACGUCAAAACGGCAGAGGAGUAGGGGCCGAAACCGGACGUGGUUCCUCCUGAUGAUGUCUUGAGCUAACUGGAUCCUAUAAAGGAGCUGUUGUGGUAGAAGACCACGAAACAUGGUUAAAAUUCCUGUAUUAUUCAUUCAGUGAACAUGGUGAGCAUUUGGCGGAGGUAAAGAAUACGUACUUCACCUGUUUUCGGCAGAACAAAAACCCAAACCCCAAACACCAGGUGUACGUAUUUACUUUCGCCGAGCUUUUUAAUAAAAAAUACAAGUUUUGCAAUUAAACUGUUUGAGCAUUUCAGAUAAUUGUAACAAAGCAACAUUUAUUCUUCAUUCGAUGUUCGAUAUACUGCAUAUGUAGGGUGAGUACUUUCAUUAAAAAUGUUUGUUGCUCAAAAUUGGUGAGAAACACAAGAGAAUCAAAUCUGCUCGUCUUUUUAAUGGGAAGUUUGGUAUAAUCGGAACGGGAAUUAGCUGCUAUGUCUAGCGGGUGAAGCAAUCCUAUUGAGGUUCCAUCGUUAAGCAAUAUUUUACUGGAUGAUAGUUUUUCUUUUUUAAUCAAUGUUGGAUACAGUGGAACAGAGUAAAUUGAUAAAAUUGAUGAUUCUGAAGGUGUUAAAUUAUGUUAGGGAACUUUUAUUUAUGACACCGGUGUCAGUGACAAGAGGAAAAUAUUUCGAACAACACCGUUGAUUAGGAACCUUUAUUAUUUGGUUCGAUUAAUUUAAUUAUAAUUAAUAAACAACUAAACCACAGCAACUAAGACAUGAAACUGAAACAUAAGAGAUUAUAGUAAUCGGGUGAAUUAACAUGGAUCGCGUUAAUCACCUGAACACUUCUAACGAUGUUGGUUCAGUAAUAGAAGCACACAAUGGUAAGAAAGCUUUAUGUAAUGAAACAUUUACUAAACAAAGAUCAACGCGUAAAAAUAUUACUGAAUACAGCUGUGAAAUUUGUAAGAAGACUUUCUCUUCGGAGCAUAAAUUAUUCGCGCACAAAGACACACACAAGAAGGGGAACCCCCUCGAGUGUGAAAUGUGUAAGAAAUCGUUUGUCUCCAAAAUUAAAUUAACAAGACACAAGAAAAUACACGUCUGCGAUAAACCGUUUCAGUGUCAGAUCUGUGAGAAAUCUUUCUUUCAGAAUGCAGAACUCGUUAUCCAUGUACGUAGUCAUACUGGAGAGAAACCAUUCCAUUGUCAAACAUGUGGGAAAACAUUCGUCAGUGGUCUUGUGUUAAGAAGACAUAUGAAAAUACAUACAGGAAUAAAACCGUUUCGGUGCGAAAUAUGUGGGGAGUCUUUCGUUCGUAAUCCGAAUCUUCUGAUCCACAUACGUAGUCACACUGGAGAGAAACCCUAUCAUUGUGAUAUUUGUGAAAAAUCCUUCGUUUCCAGAAGUAAUUUGGCGAUACACAAACGACGGCAUACUGGCGAAAAACUAUUUCACUGUGAAAUAUGUGGUAAAUCGUUUGUCACUAAUGGCGAAUUAACAAAACACAACAGAACACAUACUGGAGAAAACCCUUUUCAGUGUGACAUUUGUGGGGAAUCGUUUCUUGACAGUAGUAACUUAACAACUCAUAAACGAAUCCAUACUGGAGAGAGACCUUUUCCCUGUGAAAUAUGUGGGAAAUCUUUCACCCAGAAUUCCCAUCUUGCAGUUCACAGAAGAAUGCACACUGGAGAAAAGCCUUUUCAUUGUGAAACUUGUGGGAAAUCUUUUGUGUCCAACAGUGAUUUAACAACUCAUAAAAGGAUUCAUACUGGAGAGAAACCUUUUCAUUGUGAAAUAUGUGGCAAAUCUUUCAGACAGAAUUCUAGUCUUGUUGUUCACAAAAGAAUACACACUGGGGAAAAAGUUUGAUUAUGAAAUAUAGCAGGAAUCUUCCUUUCAUUUGUGUAAUUGCAUAAAAACUCCUACAUUGUGAAAUCUUUUGUCUCGAAAGGGAUAUCGCAUGUCACAACUGCCUCCUCCCCACCAAAAGAAACAUAACUGACACAUCAUCAUCAUUUGAUGUCUGUUUUCCAUCCUGGCAUGGAUUGGAUGGCUUGACAGGAUCUUUCAAGGCCAGGGGCCACACCAGAUUCCAUAGUCUGUUUUUUGGUUGCCUUCUACAGUUGGAUGCCCUUCACGAUGCCAAUCACUUUACAGCGUGUACUGGGUGCUUUUUAUGCAGCUCUAUCACCAAUGCUUUUUAUGUGGCACCAUUUCCAGUGGUUUUACAUGGCACCAGCACCAGUGCUUUUAAUGUGGCACCUGCACCCAAGAGAAAAAUUCAUUCAGUGUAAAAUAUGUUCUUGAGCAAAAAUAAAAAAAUAGUUGCCUGUACAGCUCAAGAAUAACAAUUGCAGGCAAAACUAAUGGACAAAAUCUGCUGCAUCUUAUUUUUCUGUGUUCAUUACCAUGUUACUAAGAAUCUGCUUGAGAGGACAUUUGACCUAUUUCCUGUAAUAGUAGGAAUUUGGUGUAAUGGAAUUCAAAGUGACCCUCAAACUGCAUAUAAGGUGUUGCAAUCUUUAUAAAAUCAAAAAACUGAACUGUCACAAAAUCUUGUUUUUGAGAAAUAAUUCUGAUAUUAUUGUGUAAACUACUACAUUUGCCAGCGUAUGUGAGGAAGUACUGAAAAGUUCCUUGCUUUAAUGGUAUCACGAAAGGCCUGGUUGGAGGCUCAACCUUUCAAGUUCUUUUACAGGGCAUAAAGAAACUGAAGAACCUCUAAUAUGUGUGUAAACCUAAGCGAAGAAUAUGGUGAAUAAAAUUGUAAUUAACUGAA